AUGUCGGGAGAUGCUGAUUCUAGCAAAUCUACUUCGGGUUACUUGGUAACAUUUGCGGGUGGAGCUGUGGCAUGGCAGUCAAGGUUGCAAAAGUGUGUUGCACUAUCUACCACUGAGGCAGAGUUCAUUGCUGCAGUUGAAGCUUGUAAAGAGCUUUUGUGGAUGAAGAACUUCUGUGAAGAGAUCGGUUUCAAGCAAGAAAAGUAUGUGUUGCUUUGUGAUAGUCAAAGCGCUAUUUGUCUCGGGAAGAAUUCUACAUUUCAUUCGAAGUCAAAACACAUUCAGAGGAGGUAUCAUUGGAUACGUGAUGUGGUUGCUUCUAAGGAAGUGGAACUUGAGAAAGUUCAUACGGAUGAUAAUGGAGCUGAUAUGAUGACGAAGUCAUUACCGAGGGGGAAGCUUGAGACUUUACCCUUACAAAAGUCCGACCAUGCAAGACAAAGCUAUGAUUUUUACAAAGAAAGGUUUCAGCCCACAGAUGACUUGCCAUUCAGCUAUGAUGAGAUGAAUCCUAUUGCACUAGAGAUUUAUAAAGGAGAUAGGCUUUCGGUGUUGGAGCAAUGUCACAAAACAAGGAAGAUAUGCAUAUGGGUGAAGCAUUGGCUCAUGCUUACUUCUUGGACCAAAUUGGUGGUCGUGGACAUACCAGAGUUUCCGCUUAUAUAUCCACGUCUUACCCUCCUUUCUACAAAUUAUUAUUUCGACAAAAACAAUAGGCUUGUUAUAACUUGUAAUGAUACUGACAUGAAGGGUCUAUCUAUUAUCCAAGUAAUUAAAGCUAAUGAAGGGGAAUGUCGUUUCCCUUUUUUAUGCAGCUACGUUCCUAGCGUAGUUAGGAUUCCAGGGUUUUCUAAGCAAGACACAAGUCGGAUUCGCUGGAGAAAACGUAGAUUCAACUAGUUUGGGUAUACAUAUAUUUGUUGUUUCGUGUGAUGAUUCUUUCUGCUUGGGCUAUUAAACUAUGCAUAGCAUAUAUCCUU